AUCCUUCUGACCUCUUCUACCUCAAAGAAUCAUGCGCACUAAUCUGUUUGUUGGAAGCAUGACUACAUGAGCUAAUUCUACAAUUUUGUAAGGCUACAUUAACAGAAAAGGGACACGGUGGCUUUGUGGGUCAUCCACACAUCCAUUACAAGCGUGCACAGGCAGGCAGCAUCUUUUUGGAAAGAUGCUUUCCCACAGGAUUCUGGUGUGAGUCAUGGCAGACUGAAGACGUCUCUGCAAAUGGGUCAAGAUGACAACCGCUAUGUAGAAUGAAAGACUGCCAAGUUAAACUGGUUCUUCAAAUUUCUCCAAAGAAAGAAAAAUCAAGAGAUCGCCCACAACUGCUUUGAUUGACAGGUCCUUGUGAGACCAUAAAACAAAGGUCUCUCACCCAUUUGGGUGCCAAGGGACAGCAUCAAGGGACAGCAGGAGCAGAGCCUUUCAUGACGAACUCCCUUUCUAAUCACUUUUGGAAAUGUUCAGUUUAAUCAUUUUAUGAAUAUUAGAGACCUUCAAAACAGCAAACUUAAACUGGCACCAGGGUCUUGCCCAUGGAAUGCUGCUGAACCUGCCCAUGGGUGGUUGGCCAGGCUUUGCAACCCCAUCAUAACACGUUUGGAGAUUCUGAUAUCCAGCUUGACUAGACCAAACAACACUCAUUCUCAAGAAGAGAGAGAGAAUUGCGGCAGGUUGGGUGUGUGCUUGCGCAGCCGGCGCAUAGAACAAGGUGGCAUAUUCAAGGAGACCAACUCCAGUAACUUUUGGACGCUUGCCUUUCCUGGCAGCCAGCCGUUGGAGGAAAACCGAAAGACACUCCCGAAAAGAAGCAAUUUUCCAAGACUACAACUCCGGAAAGAGCCAAGCGGAGCAGGUACAAUGGGAAGUGCUGGUUUUUCUUUGAAAUUAUCAGCAUGCAUCCUAAUCUUCCUGAUCCUGGAAAAUUUCUGCGUUACUUGUGAUAGUCACUGGUGUUAUGAUGACCCAAAAUGUGGACCUAACACCUGGGGGUCUAUUGGCUCCUGCAGUGGCAAGAAACAAUCUCCCAUCAACAUCAACACCAAGACAGUCAAAUACAAACCUAUUUUCGAACUUAUACAUUUCACUAACUAUGAAAACGUUAAUAUCGCCAAGACAGUGAAGAAUACAGGGCAUCACCUUCAAGUAGAUUUUAAGCCCAAAGCAACGAUCUCUGGUCCUGGCUUUUCAGGAAUAUAUUAUCUGUGGCAGUUCCACUUCCAUUGGGGCACCCAAAAUAGCAAUGGCGCAGAGCACACAAUCAAUGGCGAACGCUAUGCAAUGGAGAUGCACUUGGUUCAUACUAAAAACAACAUGACUAUAGAAGAGGCAUCGAAGCAGUCUGAUGGAAUUGUCGUCCUGUCAUUCUUCAUACAGAGAAACAAAGGGAAUUACCAAGUCACUCCAUGGGACACUCUAGCCAAGCUUCUUAAGAACGUCCCAGAGCAAGGUAACUCUUAUGAUGUGAACGGGAAAUUCUCCGCGGGUAGUUUAUUGAGCAGAGCAGAUGUAAGCCAAUAUUACAAGUAUCAAGGCUCUCUCACUUCACCACCCUGUGCCGAGGCUGUGACCUGGAUUAUCUUUCCAUACCCCCUUUACAUUUCUUCCAGAGUGGUGAACAUAAUGACAACCUCACUAUAUUUUACUACUAUUCAAGAGAACAGACCAAUGCAGAACAAUUUCCGUCCUCUGCAGCCCUUAAAUGGUCGGGAAGUCUAUUACUACACAGAACAUAAAUCACUGUUCAAUUGCGUUGGAUAUUGCUUUUAGAGAUGGCUUUGAAGAGGAUUGCAAAUUUUCUUGAACAGGACCUGGUCUUCAAGUCUUGAAUGUUGUGAGUCUAAUUUUGCACAACAUUAAAUAAACUCAGCAAUAUCCAUAAAA